CGCCAUUGUCUCUUGUUUCCUUGAUUGCCUUGCUUCCUUUUCUUUUCUUUCCCCCUCCUCCCCCUUUCAUACUAAUUUCAUUGUCAUUUGACACACCAGCGCCAUGUCUGGUCGUUUCGUGCGUUCUUCUAAGUACCGACACGUCUUCGGACGGCCGACGAGAAAGGAGCAAUGCUAUGAUAACCUGCGUGUUUCCAGAAAUGCCUGGGAUACCAACCUCGUCAAGGUCAACCCCAAGUACCUCUCCGUGAACUGGGAAGCCGGUGGUGGUGGUGCCUUUGCUGUCAUCCCCUUGGAGGAGCGGGGCAAGUUGCCCGAGCGCAUGCCUCUGUUCCGCGGUCACACUGCCGUUGUCUUGGAUACCGACUGGAACCCUUUCAAUGACGACCUCAUUGCUUCUGGUUCGGACGACGGAAGGGUUCUGCUCUGGCGUGUACCGGAGGGAUUCACCUUGUCCCCGGAUGUUGACCCCGAUGAGAUUCAGGAUGUGGCUCCCGUUGGAAAGCUCUCCGGCCACCCUAAGAAGAUCGGACACGUCCUCUUCAACCCCGCCGCCGAAAACAUCCUGGCUACGGCAUCAGGCGAUUACACCGUGAAGAUCUGGGAUAUCGAGGCCGGUGCUCCCAAAUUGACGCUCAACCUGGGUGAUAUCGUGCAAUCGCAAUCGUGGAGCGCAAAUGGUUCCCUCCUGGUCACGACCUCCCGGGACAAGAAGCUGCGCAUUUGGGAUGUACGUCAGGAGCGCCCUGCGCACGAGACGCAAGGACACUCGGGAGCCAAGAACAGUCGUUCCGUUUGGCUGGGUGAACGCGACCGGAUCGCGACCACCGGUUUCUCCAAGAUGAGUGACCGCCAGCUGGCGCUGUGGGAUAUCCGUGCUCCUCGUGAACCUAUCAACGGAUUCAAGACCCUCGACUCCAUCUCCGGUGUCUGCAUGCCCUUUUGGGACGAAGGCACUCAGUGUCUGUACCUGGCUGGCAGAGGUGACGGUAACAUCCGCUACUUCGAAUUGGAGAAUGACAAGUUCGAAUACCUUGCCGAGUACAAGUCGGCCGACCCCCAGCGUGGCAUUGCGUUCAUGCCCAAGCGCGGUGUCAACACCCAUGACAACGAAGUCACCCGUGCCUUCAAGACGGUCAAUGACACUUACAUCGAGCCUGUCUCCUUCAUCGUCCCCCGUCGUGCCGAGACUUUCCAAGACGACAUCUAUCCUCCCACCAUUGGCCUGAAGCCUGCCAUGGGCCCCGAUGAGUGGUUCGCUGGCAAGGAGGCUAUCCCGCCCAAGAUCUCCAUGGCUAAUCUGUACGAGGGCGAGGGACUGAAGGAGGUGACUGGAGUGCAGGAGAAGCCUACCUCGUCUCUGGAUACCCCUGCUUCUGCCGCACCCAAGGCCGAAGAGCCCGCUCCCGUGAAAAAGGCGGCGGAACCUGCUCCGGAGCCUACCACGGUGGCCAGACCCAAUCCCUCCAUGAAGGAGCAAGGUGCCUCCAUGGCCGCCAUGGUGAAUAAGUUCGCCGACCAGGAGGAAGAGGCCGAGCCCGAGGAGCCGUCCGCGUUCGACGAAGCCCCCAAGCCUGUGGAGCGCUCCACUCGCACGCCCGAGGCUGCUUCUCCCACAGUCAAGGCCAACCCAUGGCACCAGAAGGAAGAGGAGGCCAAGACGCAACCUACUUCCGCCAAGGCCUCCCCCGCCCCCGAAACUCCCCGCACCGCAACUCCCCCCGCCGCCGCCGCCCCCACCGCAGCAGCAGCAGCAACCACAUCCACGCCCUCACCCAGCAUCUCCACCAGCACCGCCAACGCCGCCGACGCAGUGCAGCGCGAAAUCGGCGCCAUCAAGGAACUGAUCGCCGAGCAAACCAAGACCAUCGCUUCCCAGGCCCAACAGAUGCAGAGCCUGACCGCGGAGAUCGAAUCCCUCAAGGCUAAGCUGGGCUAAGCCUUUUCGUUUUUCUUGCAUGUCUAUCCGCCCAUCAUAAUCCACCUCCCCUACUAGGUAUUCUACGCAUAUCUAUCAUGACUUUCUCUUCUGUUCCGACCACUCCAUCUUCCCACCGGACCUCCAAAAAGGCCAGGGGAUCGGGCUCUGAUGUACUGUAUUGUGUGCCUGCAAUGUAACUACUUUCCUUUUCUUGACUUGAUAUAAAACAGACCC